UGCAAAAAAUGUUGAAAAAUAUUCUAACUUGCCUCAUAGCCUUAAAUGUUUUUCUGAUAAAUCAGGCCUUCAUUAAAAACAAUUUCAAUUUGGAGUGCUACCGUGUAACUUGUGAAAUUGUCAAUCCUAAAGUCAUGAAACAAUUUGAAUGUUCCUAUAAAAAAUUGGGGCCCAAACGAUAUUCUGGCAGUGGUCUUGUUAUGUUCAAUCAACAAUUGGACAAGAAAUUCGAUAUUCAUAUUAAAAUUUAUGUUGCACCCCGAGGAAAAAUUGUAAAAUUUCUUGAUUGGAAACUCAAUGUAUGUGAUACGCUUUAUGCGGGGGUGUCAUUGCCUUUGGCCAGAAAAAUUAUGUGGGAUGUCUUAAAAAAUAGUAAUUUUCCACGAAAAUGUCCAUUCCAGGCGAAUUUCCUCUACAAUUCAUCCAAUAUUAUCGUCGAUGAAUCGUAUUUCCCCAAAUUUACACCAUCUCCCAUGGAUCUGAAUAUUUCUUUUGAAUACAUUGAAAAUCAAGAAAGAUUUGCAAUUCAACGAAUUUUCGGAGCCACUGUGCCCAACGCAAGGAGAUGAAGAAAUCUUGAAAUUCACACCCAAGGAGCUAUUGAUGCUUGAUGUUAACAUCAGAUUUUCAUUUUGUUGUUGCAUGGUCUGUGUAAUGGAAAUAAGUUAAAAUAUAUUCAAUAUAUUCAAACCUAAUCGAAAGGGGAAUAACAAGUUAUUUGUCACCAAACGGAAAUAAACAAACAAGUAAAAACUCAUAA